AGUAUAUAUACUCCUGCCGGCGGCAUUAGCGGGCGAUCCGAACUUCGGAAAGGUUUAACCGUUCUAAGGAAUCUUUUAAGUGCGAAGAAGGGAAAAUACGGAUAAAGGAAAAUAUACACGUAUGGUAGAUAGUUCUCAAAAAAAAAAAACGAGAAAGUGUUUUUUCCAAUUUAAUCGAGCAAAAAGUUCAAGUCCGAAAAUCGUUUUAAGACGGUUUCAAAAUCAGCUUCGAGCUCGUUUGAUAGUUUGAAAUCGAUUCGUCGAUCGAGUGAGUUUUCAAAAUAACAGAUUGAUUUUUCGCUUACGUUCAUUAUAAAAAUCGAAGAUGAAAUCCUUCACCCUUGUGAUGCUUGUUACUAUUUUUGGUAUCACUAUCAUCCAAUGCGAACCCGAACCGAUGGCUAGACCAACCAGACCAAAAGUUUUUACAAGUCCGGAAGAAUUACAAGAAUAUUUGAAAGAUGUCAAAGGUUACUAUUGGUUAAAUGGAAAGGCCAGGUACGGAAAAAGAGCCGGAGGUAACGCAUUUCCCGCAUAUUAUUUAGGAUAUCCGUGGAAUACUUUGAGAUUUAUACUUGAUACUCACCGCCAUUUUCAACAACAGAAAGAGGAUAAGAACAAACCGAUAAAGGGACAAAUAAUUUUUCGUAAUAACUUUCGUAAUUUUCAAGAUACUGAUUCAAAAAAACAAAUAUUUCGAAAUAAUCAGCCAGAAAAUUUAAGUGACAUGAUUGAUAAGUAUUACGACGACGUAGAGUAAAUACGAUGGUAUCGAUUUUCAAUGUUGGAAACAUUACAACAAUUCAAAGUUCAACUAUUUCUUUUAAAGUGUCGUGUAUUCAUGACUUGUCAAAGUAAUAAUGGUUUUAUAAAAAUAAUGACUGGUAAAAUUAGUACAUUUUUACACUUCGCUUAGAUGUAUCUGCUGUUUCUAUAAUAGAGAACAUAACUAUUUCUUUUUAUGAUUCUAUAACAUCUUCCAAUAUCAUCGUAAUUUAUCACGAGAUAAAACUCAUUUAUGGCAACACGGCACUUUGGAGUUUAAAAAUUAAAUGGGAACAAUUUAUUUUACAUUCGAAUUAUCAACGUGUAUCUACGAGUUUCGAUUAUUAGUAGACAUAAUUGAUUCAUAAAUGUCAUAAAGAAGCUGUCUGAAGAGGUAUUAAAAAAAUAAAAAGAAAAGAAAAGGAACGAUCCUGGAUUACGUAGCUUGUAUUAUUGACGUGCACUCUUCAAAAGACCUUAAAAGUUAUGUGUUUUUGGGUAGAAAGUUCAAAUAGGUAAUUCAUUGCUACAAAUAUUAUACGAAAAUAUAUGACUAAUGAGAAAAGUUAAAGAAACCUUUAUUUAAUCAAUACAAUAAGAUUUAAGAUAAACAGUAAGUUCCUUCAAGUUAUAAUAAAUGAAUAUUUACAAGCAUCAUUUACGAAAGCUCAAUAUCUCAUUUGCACUAUUUUAAUUGAUAAUAAUCACAAAUAAUUCAGAAAGUAAAUAAUAAAAAUAAAAUAUUUAGUUUAAUAAAAGCAAUAUAAUGUGAUUAUAAAUUCAAUUAAUAUAUUAUAUAUUUAUAUCUUCGUUACAACAGGUACUUCAUAUAUUGCUACAGAGACCGAUAGAUACAAAUGUUAAAUAUUAAGACAACAUGUAAUCUUUCCAAAUAUUUAAGAAUAUUGAUCGAUCUUUAAAAGUAGGACCUAUGAUACUUGAUGCGAUAGUUUAAGUUACAUUUUAAUA